CAGUGUCCACGGUCCUCCACGGGGAAACUCCGCAAAACAUCUGGCUCCUUCCUCUUCCUCCUCCGCUUCCUCCUCCUCCUCCUCCUCCAUGUGUUCAACUCGGACACUGUAGAGACGUUACCGGGGAAGACAGCAGCGGUGCUCCGGGGCCGUGCGGAGGUAGUUACCGGGGUGUGGAAGCCUCGCAGCGCCGGGACGGGACGGGACGGUUCUCCGCGAUGGAGACCACGAAGUGAACGUCUCUGUUGUUCCCUCGCCUCCUCUCUGGAUUUACUCCCCCCCCCCCUCCCCCCCUCGGUUUCCCGGUGAUUUUUUGAUCGGUGCCACUUCUAAACAAAAUGCCCGGAAAGACCAAAUACAACCUGGUGGAUGACGGACACGACCUGAGGAUCCCGCUGCACAACGAGGAAGCGUUUCAACACGGGAUCAACUUCGAGGCGAAGUACAUCGGCAGUCUCGAUGUGGCGCGGCCGGGCAGCCGGGUGGAGAUUGUGGCUGCAAUGAGGAGAAUACGGUAUGAGUUCAAGGUGAAAAACAUCAAGAAGAAGAAAGUCCACAUCACGGUGUCAGUAGACGGCGUGAAGGUCACAAUGAGGAAAAAGAAAAAAAAGAAGGAGUGGACGUGGGAUGAGAGCAAGAUGAUGGUGAUGCAGGAUCCCAUUUACAGUUUGCAGGGCAUCGUCCAAAUCGGAGAAAAUAGAAAAAACUUCGUCAUUGACAGUCUGAACACGCAACAGUGUCCCUCACAGCUCGACCUACUUCCUCGCCUCCCAAUACACGAUUCGGAAGUGGGAAGCACCGCUCAAGUUAAACUUCUGCACGGCACCGGCAGCAGCAGCGGCAGCAUUACUCCUCCGACUCCAGCUUUAACUGGCAUUUUUAAUUUGUCACUAAAACCUGCGAAACGCCCGCAUGACACGGACAACGUGUACAACUCAUCUCUGUCCUGAGGAAACAGAUGUCAGCUGCUUAAAUGAGUGGAGUCCUGUUGCUUUC